AUGACGUUUGGAACACAAACGGUCGGUUUUGUUCAACGGGUUAGAGUUCUCGAAAAAAUGGAGCAUUUAGCUGUUUUUUCCUUUUAUUUAUGACAUAACUAACCUUUUAUUUCACGCUUUAACGGUGGGAUUAGGUUACAAUGGUUGCUGCGGCUCGAAAGGAACGAGGUUUGGACUCCGAGAGAAGUCAUGUUAGCCUAAUUAGCAUUCAGACUCGCUUUUGUGAAAGUGCCCGGUAGCAUUUUUAGAAAAAUGAAGAGAAAAGUGUCAAAAUUAAGAUUGAGCCCCAACGAAGAGGCUCGUAUAAUCCGCGAGGAGCUUGACAGGCGGAGGAAACUACGGAUCCAGCAGGUGCGGGAGCAGCAGCGGCAGAUCGCGCUGCAGAUCCGGCGGGAGGUGGAACAGCGGCGGCAGCAGGAGCUGCGGCAGCUGGAGCAGCGGCUGAGGGAGGACUGGGAGAGGCGCCAGAGGGAGAAGCUGCACACGCUGCAGUGUCUGUAUCUGGAGAGCCUGCAGCUCGUCGGCCAGAGCCACAGGAGCGCCAAGGAAACCGAAGCUGACCUGGCAGCUGCAGCUCAGAGGGAGGAGGAGCAUCAUGCUAAAGCAGAGGAGCGUUACCGUGAAGCUCUGAAGGAACUCAAGAUCCAAAAGACUAAAGAGCAGGAGAGACAGAAACGAUCUAUCAAUGCGAGGAAGAAGGCGCUGCAGACGGAGAAGGAACGAUCAGCUAAAGUGGCCAGACUCCCGCCGCCUCCGCCUGAUCCCAUCCAGGACAUCGAUCCCAGGAAGUCCCACAUGGUGAAGAGGUCGGAUCGGAACGCCUUCGCUGCCACGCACUAUCACAUGCCAGAGAGCGCCGUGGAGAAGGAGCCGGAGGCGGCGCAGCCUGAUGCCAGACUGGAAGCUGACCUGGAGUCCAGGAGGCUGCAGGAGCUCCAGAGGGAGGAGGAGAGGAGGAGAGAGGAGCAGCUGGAGAAGGCCCGGGUCAGAGGGAGGCAGGCCCUGAGGAGGGAGCAGCUGGAGCAGGACCGGCAGCGCCUCCUGGUGGAGCUGCAGCACCUGCAGCAGACCGACCUGCUGCGGCGGAGGCAGCAGGUGUCCCAGAUGCCGCCUCAGAUCUUCCAGCCUCUCUACCAGAGGCAGGAGGCCAGAGAGGAGCUGCAGAGGGAGCUGGAGUUCGCCUUCGAGGACAUGUACACCGGAGAGAGACGGGUUAAAGGUGACCUGGUGGUCCAGCUGGUACCGGAGCCUCUCCCAGCCUCAUCCAGCACCGGCCAGGACCUGGACCUGGACCGGGACCUGGAUGUCACUGUGGAUGAAAACGCCGAACCCGAGGCAGAAAAUAUUCAGAAUGAAGUUGAAGGAGAGCAUGAAGCAGCAGAUGGCGCCACUCCUCCCAGACAGGCGCUCCGGAAACUCCUGGAUCGGAUCCGGAGCCAAAGGACCGAUUGGAUCAGCGGCAGCAGCCGGGUUCCUCCGUCCGUUGACUCAGAGCUGAUCCCAGAGCGAGACAUGAGCAUCGAAACCGGAUCUCUGACCCCCGAGGCGCUCGCUGUGGAACCAACAGAACCGCCACCCGCAGCAGAACCUUCACUUCCUGCUGAUUUUCUGAGCAGAAUCCAGGAAGCCGAAGAAGAACGGAAGAAGCGGGAAGCGGAGCUGGAGGUGGAGAAGCUGCAGCAGCUCGCUCUCCUCCAGGAACUGGAGGAGCAAAAAGCCGAGCUGGAGCUGAUGCUGCAGGAGGCUCAGAGGGAGAGGGAGCAGCUGAGGGCUGCCGCCCAGCAGGAGGCGCUGCUGCUCCAGCCACAGGUUCCUGUCCAGGACCGCACACUGACCAGCUUCACCUCUGAGGAAGAAGCGGCGGCUCCUGCAGAGGAAGACGUUUCCACCUGGAGGCUCAGACGGUACCAGCAGCGCCUGCUGGAGCAGAACAGGAUUCACCAGAGAUCCGUGGAAGUGGCCCGGCAGCGGCUGGAGGAAUACCAGCGAGCUCUCCGGAUCCGCCACAACCUGACCGCCGCCGCAACCACCGCCUUGCUGAGGCCUCCCGUUCACCCUGCGUUCCUCGCUCCCCCGUCUGACAGUCGCCCAGCGACACCCUCCGAGCCUUCAGACGUGUCACUUCCUGCUUUCAGCAGCAGCGCCGGCUCCAGCGUACCGUCGGAUCCGUCCGUUACGAACUGGUUCAGCUCACUGAGACCAGACGCUGCUCCGCUCGCCGACAGCCAGAGCACCCUGGAGCGAGUAGCGACGCGCCUGCCGGACAGAACCGGAGCUCCGCCGGUCGCUGCCCUCGGGUCAGCCGGCACCUCGGCCACCUUUGACCCGAUGACCUCCAGAGACCACAGGAGGCGGGAGCUGCAGGCGGCCCAGAGACGGGUGGCGGAGCAGAGGGCGGCGCUGGCGCUGCAGAAGGAGCAGCAAGAGGAGGAGCGGCGCAGAGCGGAGGAGGAGCUGCAACACAUGAGGAGGCAGAAGGAGGCGCUGCAGGCUCUGAUCGACGCCGAUAGACGAAGCGGUUCUGAUUCUCCCAGUGACGCUUCGGACCCACAGGAAGCCGAGCGGAAACGGCUGCAGCUGCUGGCGACUCUGCUGAGAGCCAUCGAAGAGUCGAACGGAGGAAGUCUGUCCCACCUGGAGGAGCCGGAGGAGGGAGACGACCUGAGAGCAGCAGCUCCUCUGGUUCCGGCCGUCGUUCCUCCAGAACCUUCUGGACUCCUCCAUCCUCCACGGGCCCAGAAGCCUCCAGUGACUCGGGUCAAACUGGGUUUCAAGUGGAUGAUUCCUCAACAACAUGAGCUCAGCGCCAUCCAAGAGGUGGAGACUCCGGUCAACAUGAGUCGGGUUGCAGGCUGUAGACCCGAUUCUGCUGAACGGCGGCUCGCCUUUUCAGGCCCAGAAGAAGACGAUCCUUCACACUCGGCAGACUUCAGCCUGCGGUGUCGCUCUGCCAAGAGACGGGUCGUCUUUUCAGACACUGAGGACGACGCGCGUUCCCGCUCAGCAGGCGGAAAUCUGCAGGAUGGUUCAGUACAUGACACCAGGCAGUCUGGGUCCGUCUCCAGCUGUAGAUCGGACUCGGCUGGGAGGCGGGUCGUCUCUUCAGGUCCAGAGGACAACGUUCCUUCACGGCCUGCAGACUUUAACCUGCAGGAUGAUUCUGUAUCUUUAUCCACGUCUGACAGGACUGCACAGUCUCUGUCUGUCUCCAGCCUCAGACCCAGUUCUGCUGGGAGACGGGUCGUCUCUUCAGGCCCAGAACACGACGUUCCUUCACGCCUAUCAGGCGUUAACCUGCAGGAUGGUUCUGUUGACAGCCGGGUCGGGUCGGAGACCUCCUGCCGUCUUCCCUGGAGGGAGCGACUCCUGUCUGGGGCAGCAACGACUCCAGAGUCGUCUGGUUCUGAUUCGGCCAUGAAAGCGACGUCAGCGCCUUGUUCUGAUUCUGGAAGAGGAGCCGACUCGCCCGGUCCUGCAGCUCUGAGCUCCAGAUCCCCCUCAGAGACAAACCUGAGUGAGUCUCCGGUUUUGUCUCAGGCUCUCUGCAGGCUCGCCGGCUCCGGCUGCCUCUCCUCCACCACCAUCUCCAGCGGCAGCUACGUCUCCACCGACCCGGAGCAGAAUGUCGCUUCCUGUUGGGUUUCAGCAGACGACCCUCGGCCCUUCAACCCGACUGGACCGGGUUCUGCCGGCGUUUCCUGUGCGGGUUUUCCGGACUCGUCCGGUCCGCCGGUGGACUCUGUGUUUAACGACAGCGUCAUCCAGCGCAUCAUUGAUAAAUACACCAGAGAGCUCGACGUCUCGCUCAGCGCCGCAGGAACGACGACAGACAGCGACGCUCUGGAGGAGUCCGGCUCUCAGCCGUCCAGGAUGGAGGAUGAGACGUCGGCUCGUCGUCGGCUCGUCCAGCGCCAGGACCCGAACCCGGAGCAGACGACACCGGGUCAUCCCGCCCUGGAGCGUUUCUGUCCCGUCGACCCGGAGCAGAACCCGUCCUGUGUGACUCCGGAGAGACUCUCGGUUCUGGAGCGGUUGGUCGGCCAGCCGUCGGCUCACUCCUCCAUGAUCGGUGCCAGGCCCGGUCCGUCGGGUCGGAGCGGCUGGGACUCCACUCUGAGCCGGAUGUUCGGCCGCCUGUCCCAACAGUCCGACAGUCCGGGUUUCUGGGCUGGUCAUGACACGUCGGAACCGUCCUGGUCGGAUGAGCUGCCGGAGGAGGUCCGGAUGAUGGUUCUGGUCGGGGAGCUGCAGGUCUCUGCCGAUCAGCUCAGUGAAAGCUCCGGUGAACAAAGUUCUGCAGCCGAGUCCAGAGAACCAUCAGGACUGCAGCGUCGCCUGGCUCAGAGUCCGCCCGCCUCGAACCCGGUGCUGCAGAACCAAGCCGGGCUGGAGGAACUGGACCUGCACGGCGCCGACGAUUCGUUCCACCCGCUGCAUCCAGAAAUCACCCACAACGAAACCGCUGACCCCCCUGUGACCUUUCACCUUCCUGACCUCAACACGUCAGACGAUCCGUCGCUGGAGCAGCUGAGAGCGGAGGAGCCGGACGGCCGCAGAGACGUUCAGGAGUCCUUCUCCCGGCUCGUCAUCUCCGAGUGCGUCCAGCAGGACGGAGUCCUGACGCCGCCCUGCGUGUCCCCCGCCCCGGGGACGCCGCCCUGCGUGUCCCCCGCCCCGGGGACGCCGCCCUGCGUGUCCCCCGCCCCGGGGACGCCACCCUGCGGGUUGGGGGAAGCGUCUGCUCUCGGCUCGUCGGAGGCAGAAUCCUCCAGAGUUUCCGUCCCAGUCGGUGAAGGUCAGGAUUUCUCCAGCUCAGAAAUCACAACGGAGUCGGACGGGGAGAGGGGCAUCCUGGAGCAGUCUCAGAUCACGUUGGUGAGUCUGACGGACACGACGCUCCAGGACGCGGUCGCCACGGACGACGAGGGACUGCAGGACGGUCCAGACAGCAUCACAGAUGGACAGGAAACCAUGGAAACGGAGCCGACAGAGGGGGCUGAAACCACGUUGGCUCAUCAGACGCCAUCAGCGUUCCUCCUGGAGUUCCUCUGGAGUCCCGGCAGGAACCUGCAGGACGUCUUCCAGCGGCGGCGCCGGGCUCUCAUGCAGCAGUCCGACCGCCGCGUUCAGGAGAUCAAAGCCAAGCGGGUCGCUGCCAGGAACGGACCCCCGAGUCGGGUUCUGGUCAAAGGACAGGACCCGGGUAGAGCCGCGGUCCAGACCGUCCCCAGGAAGGAGACGGCCGAGUCCCAGAGUAUGACGGAGGACAGGAAGAGAGCAGAGAGGAAGCUCCGCCCACUUCCACCAGGUUGCCGCUCCGGUCCUCAGAUCGGAGCCGACGUUCAGAUCAGCGAUCCGGAUCAGAGAAAGCGGAACCUGUCAGAGAUGCACCAGCGGACCCAGAGGCUGUACGAGCAGCUGGAGGAGGUGAAGCAGCAGCGAGCGGCCCGCAGCCGGCAGGAGGACUGGGCCAGGAACCGGCUCAGGGCCAAGGAGUUCCACAGGAAAACGCUGCAGAAGCUCCGAGCCAAGCAGACGCCAACGUUUUAAUUUAUCACCUUUAUUUAAUAAAAACUGUUUUAAAGAUU